AUGGCAGCGAAACAAAUGGAGGAAAUUCAAAGAAAAUUAUCGAUGCUCAAUUACCCGAGAGCCAAUGCUCCAGCUCAGUCUCUUCUCUUCGCCGGCAUGGAACGUUACGCUCUUCUUGAAUGGCUCUUUUUCCGGCUAUUAGGGGAUAAGUCACCGUUUUCGCAACAAAAUUUACAAGGGGAUGCUAUGGAUCGUGAUGAAGAAACUUCUAGAAUCCAAUAUUUGGCUGAGAUUGCGAAGUUUUUGGGGAUUACUACUACAAUUGAUACAGAAGCGAUCCAAGGACGAGGAAGCUAUGAAGAUCGGACCGAAAUGCUUCAUCUUAUCGUUGAUCUGGUGGAGGCAAGCAUCUAUGCAGAUAAUCCAGAAUGGAGUGUUGAUGAGCAGGUAGCAAAAGACAUACAACUAAUAGAUGCUAUUGCAGAGAAACAAGCUCUAAUUUUCUCUGAGGAAUGCAAGUUGUUCCCUGCAGAUGUGCAGAUUCAAUCCAUAUAUCCAUUACCUGAUGUUUCUGAGCUGGAGUCGAAGCUUUCAGAACAGUCCAAGAUACUCUCAAAUCUUCAGCAAAAAGUUGAUGACUUAGCAUCGAAGCAUGCUUACAAUCCUGACGAGGAGUAUAUGGAAGUGGAAUCUAAACUGCGGGCACAUUUGGAAUCAUUUCUUGAAACUGCAAGAUCAUUCAAUACGAUUUAUACCAAGGAAAUUCGUCCAUGGACACACAUGAUGGAGGUACCACAACUUCAUGGGUUUGGGCCUGCUGCAAAUCGCUUAUUGGAGGCUUAUAAGAUGCUUUUGAAGUUCCUGGGCAACUUGAGGAGCCUGAGAGACUCGCAUGCCGCUCUUGCAGUUGGAUCAUCUGAAACAGUUGCAGGUGAACCCUCUCCUGUAACAAGAAUUAUCUCUGAGUGCGAGUCUGCAUUAACAGUCUUAAAUCAUGAUCUUGGAAUUCUCUCGGCUUCUAUUGCUCGCGAGAAGGGUGAGCAAGUAAAUUUAUGAUGAUUGUAGAGAGACAGCAGAAAGAACCGACAAAGUAUCUCUCCAUGUUGAAGAGUGUGUAUGUUCCAUUUAGAAAAAUGCACCAUUGUCUUUUAUUCAAGAUAUGAGCUUGGAUUCAGUUUUGGAUUAAGAGCUGGGUGUUGAGAGCUGGUCUGCUAUGAUGCAAGUUCUUCCGGAUCUAUAACAUAGUUGCCGUAAAAUAAUGGAAUCUGAAUUGAUGUAGAUGAAGUAGGAACUGGUAAUUCGUAAGAGUUAUUUGCAAUUGUGAAUCUGCAUUGACAUUCGUAAUUUGUGAUAUUGGAUUCUUUGGCUCAAUGGUUUGUAAGCGAGGUGGUUGAUGUCAUCUACAACUUGAUUUACUGUAAUUUUUACAGUUUGAUUGCUUGAACCCACGACAGUUGGCUGGUUACAAUGCAAAAUUGUACUAAUUAGAAAAUGCUUAUAUUUUUAUUUCUGACUCCAUUAUUUACCCUUAUACAUGAUCUCCUUUUAUUUUUAUUGUUCAACUUUCUGGUUUGGAAGGACUGAGGAGUGAAAUCAAGUAAAAACUCAAAAGAAUUUUC